AUGAUUUUGAAGAAAAUAAUUUUGAGCCUUUUGAUUUUUAGAUUUUGCUAUUGUGUUCAAUAUAACACAACCGAUGUCUUCAACUACUGCUUACAUCCAGACUGUUCGUUACCGAAUCAGCACACAUUAUGUGUCACCAAGAAUAGACAGAGCAGUAGACUUUUUGCUGCAGGUUUGACCUCUUGGAUGAGGUAUCAGCUCCUACUGCUUCACAACAAACAUAGAGAUAACAUAGCUAUGGGCCUAGAAGCUGGACAACCCAAAGCGACCAACAUGCGCAAGAUGUAUUGGGACCACGAGCUCGAAGACAUGGCAGAGGCUUGGGCGAGUCAGUGUCAGAAGCGGCACGACGAAUGCAGGAACACGAUUCGAUUCAACGUGCUACAGAAUAUGGACGUGCGGCCUGUGGAGUCCGGAGUCACGGAGGCUCAGCUACUGGCUGAUGCUGUGGGCUCCUGGUUCUCGGGUUCCAGGUCGUUACCCUCGGAACAUGUACGGUUGUUUAGGCUGAGCAAGUGCGGGUCGCCCCGGGGCUGCAACAACCACUGGUACUCCGCGGCUACCUGGGCAUCGACAUGGCGAAUCGGCUGCUCGCAGUCUCUUUGUACCAUGAACGAGGAUUCGUGUAUCAGGUUUCCUAAGUCUCUUCGAAGGUCCUCACCGAGUAACACCACCAGAAAAAAGUCGAAGUCCCUACGCGGAACCAAAUGCUACACAACAGCAAAGUCUACUAUGCUAGAUGAAUUUAGCGCAGUUGUAAUGGGUAGAAGCGGAAAGUCUCUUUUAUAUAGAGGUGCAAUAGACGUCGCUGAGACAAGAAAACCUGAGGAGACGAAGAUAGUGGCGUACACAUUCUGUAAUUACGGGCCAGCUGGCAACGUUGAGGGGUUCCCGAUCUAUGAAAUCGGCACCACAUGUAGCAAUUGCCCGCAGGGAACAAAGUGUACGGACAAGACGCACCGUGGAUUGUGUACGGUUGCAGGAGAUCCAGAUAGCAAAGUAUAG